GUUCACGAGAAACCGAUAACAAAGCCUUUGCGGUGAGAGAGUGAGAGAGUGAGAGAGAGAGAGAGAGAGAGAGAGAUAGAGAGACCAGUUUCAGACUUUCAGUUGCUCGGGGCAUCAAUGGGUCUCAGAAUCCCCUGCAAUUUGUCUUUGUGCAGCUCAACCUGCCGGAAACCAGCUAUUUUCCGUGAGUUUUCUUCGAUUGGAAACAAAAGUUGCGACCAUAGUCUGACAAAUAGACGCAGGUCUACGAGAGCUGAACUGGAAACGGUGGCUGGGAUCUUUGACUCUGAACGCAGCCGAAGCCGUAUUUCGUCGGCGUCUAUUCCAACGCAUAAAGUCACAGUUCACGACAGACAGCGAGGGCUUGUUCAUGAAUUCCUCGUUCCUGAGGAUCAGUAUAUAUUACACACUGCUGAAGCUCAGAACAUAGCUCUGCCAUUUGCUUGCAGGCACGGUUGUUGUACUAGCUGUGCUGUUCGUGUAAAAUCUGGGCAAAUAAGGCAACCUGAGGCCCUUGGGAUAUCUGCUGAAUUAAAGUCCAAGGGUUAUGCACUGCUUUGCGUGGGCUUCCCGUCUUCUGACAUUGAAGUUGAGACCCAGGAUGAGGAUGAGGUAUAUUGGCUUCAAUUUGGAAGAUAUUUUGCCCGGGGACCAAUUGAAAGGGAUGACUAUGCACUGGAAUUGGCCAUGGGUGAUGAGUGAUAAGAACUAGAAAAUCAAAGAUCCCUCGAGAGUAAGAAGAGCAGAACUUCCUUUUACAUGCUUGUUUCCCCACAUUUCUCACCCAGCAUUUUCACUUUAUUAUUUUUUUGGGGAUUCUUUUGGGGUGAAUUUUCACUUUUAUUAUUAUUAUUAUUAUACAGUAUUAGCACCAAGUGCUGAUAUCUUCAACUGUGGUGGGUAAGCCUGUAAAGUUAAUUCCAUACUUCAACAUGAUGGGGGGAUUCCACUGCAACCUUUUUUUGCUGGUGAAUAGAUUAAAAUGACCUGAGAAAUUGCAUUUCUA